ACUUUUUCUUUUUUAAUUCAACACGGCACUAAGUACAGUAGGAUUGCACAGGCCCGGCAACCGAAGCAACCUCAUCGGAAUUCGCUAAUGGCGUCGCUGAUCCUCCGCCGCCGAAGGCCCCUAUGCCGCGCUCUUUCUCCAAACCCUAACCCUAGAAUCCCCCUCGCCUCGUCCUCUUCGGCCUCGUCGUCCUCCUCCUCCUCUUCGUCGGGGGGGGAGGAGGAGAGGGCGAGGGCGAGGGAGGAGAGGAAGGGGUCGUCGGCGAGCAUCGAGAAGAUCCUGGUGGCGAACCGCGGCGAGAUCGCCUGCCGCGUCGCGCGCACCGCGCGGCGCCUCGGGAUACGCGCCGUCGCCGUCUACAGCGACGCCGACCGCGGCGCCCUCCACGUGCGCUCCGCCGACGAGGCCGUGCGGAUCGGCCCGGCCCCCGCCCGCUCCAGCUACCUCUGCGCCUCCGCCAUCGUCGACGCCGCGCUCCGAACCGGCGCCCAGGCUAUCCAUCCAGGCUAUGGUUUUCUUUCAGAAAGUGCCGAGUUUGCCCAGCUUUGUGAAGCUGAAGGGCUUACGUUUAUUGGGCCUCCAGCGUCUGCCAUCCGAGACAUGGGCGAUAAGAGUGCAUCAAAGAGAAUAAUGGGAGCAGCUGGAGUGCCACUUGUUCCUGGUUACCAUGGAGAUGAACAAGAUAUUGAAUUCUUGAAAAAUGAGGCUGAAAACAUUGGAUAUCCCAUUAUGAUAAAACCGACUCAUGGUGGUGGGGGGAAGGGAAUGAGAAUAGUGCAUAGACCUGAAGAUUUUGUUGAUUCUGUGCUGAGUGCGCAACGGGAGGCUGCAGCUUCGUUUGGCGUAAAUACAAUCUUGCUCGAGAAAUAUAUAACUCAGCCAAGGCAUGUAGAAGUCCAGGUAUUCGGGGACAAACAUGGGAAUGCGAUUUAUCUAUAUGAGAGGGAUUGCAGCCUGCAAAGAAGGCAUCAGAAAAUCAUUGAAGAAGCUCCUGCGCCAAACGUAACUGGUGAGUUCCGUUCCCGGUUAGGUGAAGCUGCUGUCUCUGCUGCCAAGGCAGUUGGCUAUCACAAUGCCGGAACAGUGGAGUUUAUAAUGGAUACGCUUUCUGGACAAUUUUAUUUCAUGGAAAUGAAUACUCGCCUUCAGGUAGAACAUCCAGUAACUGAGAUGAUCGUUGGCCAAGAUCUUGUGGAGUGGCAAAUUCGUGUUGCAAAUGGAGAACCUCUUCCCCUGACGCAGGAACAAGUGCCCUUGAAUGGACAUUCCUUUGAGGCUCGAAUAUAUGCUGAAAAUGUCCCAAGAGGUUUUCUUCCUGCAACUGGAACCCUACACCACUACCGGCCAGUCCCUGUUACCCCAACAGUGAGAGUCGAAACGGGAGUGGAGGAAGGAGAUACUGUCAGCAUGCAUUAUGAUCCAAUGAUUGCUAAGCUUGUAGUGUGGGGCGAAACUCGCAAUGCUGCAUUGGUCAAACUAAAGAGCUGCUUGUUAAACUUUCAGAUUGCAGGUUUGCCAACCAAUAUUGGUUUCCUCCAAGGGCUUGCAGGUCAUUGGGCCUUUGAGAGAGGCUUGGUAGAAACCCAUUUCAUCGAGCAUCACAAAAGUGAUCUUCUAGUUGAUUCAGCUGAAAAACUAACUGAAGAAGCAUCUAAUGCUGCUAAGCUUGGUGCUACACUGGUUGCUGCCUGUAUUUGUGAAAAGGAAUACAUCACUUCAGGAGAAUCUCUUCCCUGUGGGGACAAUUUACUUUCUUUGUGGUAUACUCAUCCACCUUUCAGAAUGCAUCACAGAGCCAAACGUGUAUUGGAACUUGAGUGGGAUAAAGAGCUUGAUGGCCUCUGCAAUGAGCUUUUGCAACUUGCCAUUACAUAUCAAUCCGAUGGAAGUUAUUCCAUCACGAUUGAAGAUAGUAAUUCUCCUGCUUUGGAUGUCAAAGCUGUGCACAUAAGAAACAAUUAUUUCAGAGUUGAAGCUGGCGGUCUGCAUAUGAAUGUUACUUUAGCAUCUUAUUCUAAGGAUAGUAGCACACACAUACAUAUCUGGCAUGGCGAGCAUCAUCAUCAUUACAGGCAAACUGUGAAGUUUGACCAACCCAGUGAUGAUGUCUCCCACUCCAAACCUUCUUUUGAGACUUCGUCUCAUCCUAAAGGGACUGUCUUGGCACCCAUGGCCGGCUUAGUAGUAAAGGUUCUGGUUGAGGAUGGUGCCUCUGUGGAGGAAGGACAACCUGUUUUGGUCCUAGAAGCAAUGAAGAUGGAGCAUGUUGUGAAGUCGCCCCGUGCUGGGUUUGUCGAUGGGCUAAAGGUUACUCCUGGGCAGCAAGUGUUUGACACAAGCGUCCUUUUCACUGUUAAGGAAAAAUAAUGCAAAUUGGCAUCAGGAAAUGCCUGACGGUAUCGGAUGUCGACUACAAAUUUAUUUAGUACAUAUUUAAGCAUUCAAUGCAAGGAGGGAACAAAGUUGCUCUCCAGGUGUCCUGGUCCAAGGAAAGAAUUCCUGUCCAGGUGAGAAUAUGCGUUGAAUAAUUGAAGUGGGAGUUUGUAUUGAAAUUGGAUUCAUCUUUUCGCACUUUGCUACCAUGUAUGAUUUACCGGUCCAUAAUAAAUAUUUUGUAAAUAAAUAAGUUAUUUAUAGUAAAAUCAGCACACCAAAGAAAAAGGUCUGCAAUUUGUGCUCCUUUUGUACUGGAACUUAAAAAUUUAGAUUCAAAUAGAUUGGUCUCGUAUGGCGAAAGGUUAAAUUACUUUAUUCA